AUGAAUGCCAGGCCCGAAAGGGAGGACAACCGGACAGCCACCACCCAAUUCAUCCUCCUGGGAUUCCCCACACAGCCUGCCAUUCAGCUACUCCUCUUCUCCCUCUUUCUGGUGGCUUACCUGCUGACCUUGCUGGAGAACUUCAUGAUCAUCCUUGCCAUCCAUAGUGAUGGACAACUCCACAAGCCCAUGUACUUUUUCUUGAGCCACCUCUCCUUCUUAGAGAUGUGGUAUGUCACUGUCAUCAGCCCCAAGAUGCUGGUGGAUUUCCUCAGUCAUGACAAGAGCAUCUCAUUUGCAGGCUGCAUGACCCAGCUCUACUUUUUUGUUACCUUUGUCUGUACUGAGUACAUACUCCUUGCUGUCAUGGCCUUUGACCGCUAUGUAGCCAUUUGCAACCCACUCCGCUACCCAGCCAUUAUGAGCAACCAGCUCUGCUGUGCCCUUGCUGGGGGCUGCUGGCUCUGUGGCUUAAUGACUGCCAUGAUCAAGAUGGUUUUCAUUGCUAGACUCCGCUACUGUGGCAUGCCCCAUAUCAACCACUACUUCUGUGACAUCUCCCCACUCCUCAAUGUCUCCUGUGAGGACUCCUCCCAGGCUGAGCUGGUAGACUUCUUCUUGGCUCUGAUGGUUAUUGCUGUUCCACUCUGCGUGGUGGCGGCAUCUUAUGUGGCUAUCAUCACCACCAUCCUAAAGAUCCCUUCUGCCCCGGGCCGCUACAAAGCCUUCUCUACCUGUGCCUCUCACCUCACAGUUGUCACUCUCUUCUACUCCACCACCCUCUUCACCUAUGCCCGACCCAAGCUCAUGUAUGCCUACAAUUCCAACAAGAUGGUGUCUGUGCUCUACACAGUCAUUGUCCCACUUCUCAACCCAGUCAUCUACUGCCUGAGGAACAGAGAGGUAAAGGUGGCCUUGAAGAAGACCAUUCUUUGUAGAGCUGAGGGGACUGAGGAGGACAGGGCUUUGCAUGUUUGA